AUGGCUUCACAAAGACUCUCGAGCAGCGAAAACAUCUUGUCAGAGAAGACUGAUCUUUGUAUCGCCAAUGCAAUCGUUAAAACGGGCAUGGGGUUCGGCGCGGGUGUGAUCGUUAGUGUCAUCGCUUUCAAAAGACGAGCGUUUCCGGUGUGGAUCGGGAUCGGAUCAGGCCUAGGAGCGGCAUACUCAGACUGCCAACGAACGUUCAACCCGGUCCAUCUGCCCGGCUACCGUUUCUUAGAUGCCCCUCCAUCUGGAUCGGCCAACGGGAACACCUCUGCCCAGAAUGCAGCCUGUGCGCUUCCUCCCCCACCAAAGAACUCCCCUAAUAAAGCCGAACGCAUCUUGUAG